AUGUAUGGCAUGAGUAACUUACUAGGUUACAUGGUGACUGUCCUUGGCUCAAGUAAUACGAAAGUGUCAUAUUCAAAGGAAACAGGAAGUACCGAGUGUUUAACAGGAAGUACCGAUUCUGAUUCUGAUGACUCAGAAAGUUCUGAGAAUGCUUCUGCUAAUGAUUCUGAUGAUGAUUCGAGUGAUGAUUCUGAUAGUUCUGAUGAUGGGAAUGAUGAAGGUGUAGCCGAUAGUUCAGACGGUUCUGCUGCUGCAACCGAGACAGACACAGAUGAAUCUGCAAGUGUCGCUGAUUCCCCUCGGAAUGAGCGUCGAACUAAGUUGGUUCAUGAUGUCUCUGCUGCUUCUGAAAGUGAUCAUUCACAUCAGUCUUUUGUUCAAGAAGGUGCUGCUUUACAUAGAGAGCGUCGGAGUAAGGCAUGUCAUGCUGUUCCUGCUAUUUCUGAUUCAGCUCACUCCGUUCAUGAUGCACAUAGCCAUAUUCCUGACCGUGCUGCUCAGAUUGAUCCUGAUGUUGCUGCUCAGAAUGAUUCUGAACUGCGUGGAAUUUUUGACGAUAUGGAUGAUCCCGUGAACAGAGCCAGUUCGGUUAGUCCGGUGAAACGGACAGGGGGUGCUGAUCUUAAGUAUACCAGAACUAAGCGUAGACGUGUUGCUGAAGCUACUUCAGUAGCGAUUCCUGAUCCUCCAAGACCAACUGCUGCUGUUAUUCCUGCUGUUUCUCAAGCACAAGUAUUGCGUCCUCUGGUGGCUCCUUCCUUAUCCUACAGACUUCCUUCAGAUUCUUCGCUUGUUCGUCGUGUUGAUCUUCUGGAGACUCAGGUUCAACAAAAUAUGGAACGAGCCUUGAGAGUUCAUUACAGCGGGUAG